AUGACACUGCACUCGAGUGGCCGUUGGACCCCCGAAGAAGACGAGCUCUUGCGACGACUCAUUGAGCGUUACCAAGGCGCGCCCGUGUCGUGGAUGGACGUGGCGCGCGCGAUGAAACGCGCUCGCGGCAGCAGUGCCAGCAACGCUGGACGCGGAGUCUCAGGCCGCCCCCAGGGGCACUGGAAGCGCGUCGAAGAUGACAUGCUCUACCUCAUCAUGUGGCCAUCAACGUCGUGCGAGAACUGGGACGAGGUCGCGCAGUGGAUGGAGGCGUACCUCCCAUCGUGCCACCGCAGCGCCAAGGCGUGUCGCGACCGGUGGUGCAACUACCUAAGCCCCGACAUCCUCACAGCACCGUUUACGCCCGAGGAAAUCGCCAAGAUUGCCGAAUUGCUCCCCAUUUCAAAGAGCUGGGCCAGUCUCGCGCGGCAUUUGCCCGGUCGCCCAGCGCGCCUGAUCAAGGAGGAGUGCCGAAAGCUUCGUUGGGACCGACUCAUGUCACCGGGUCGUCCCCAGCGCGAGUCGACCAACCACACACCGUCGUUCUUGGACGACGAUUGGUUCCACACACAAUUCCUCGACGGCGACUUUGUCGAGCUCAAGUGA